AUGUUGGACGAUGACAACGUCCCCCCGCCUCAGCUCCAAAGUCCUCUUUCCCCGGUACGAAAGGACGGCGUGACCACCAUACCUCUCGAGCAAUCGCCCGACCAAAGAGCAGACUCAGAUUCACCAACAAAGUCAGCGACAGCGACGGUGCCCGGUCUUGAUCCGAUCUUUUCGUCGUCGUCCGAAUCAUCCACCAAACCCGUCAAGAAGAAAGAUAACCGGCCCCUUCCCGCCAAUUCCACAGAACAAGAGCAGACACAGAGGGUGAACCUGGAAAAGGCUGAGGAUAGUGCUGAUUUGAAAGCACAAAUCCAGCGACUCAAUGACAGGCUCCGCGAAUUUGAAGACUCAGGUCGCACCAAAAAAGGCCCAGAGACGGAGGACCUGCAUCCAGACGAAGACUUGGACUUUGCGCAAUGGGAGGGGAUUUCGGGUCUUCGCGCAAACGAGUCGGUGGGGGGGUUGCCGCUCCAUCGAAACCGCCGUCCCAAAGCUCACGAAGAGAUGAUCGCCUCCGGGACACUGAUGGCGGAACUCGAAUUCAAUGCCCGCAUGGAAGCACGCCGGGAAGCACGCCAAUUUCACUUUGACAACACGUGCGAUCUCGAUGAAGAGAGCGAAGAAGAGCCCGAAGAAGCGAGCGAACAAGACACGGAAUCAAAUGCUGUCCCGCUCAACACCUCGCAGCUUAAUUACGUGACGUGGGAGACUUUUCAGCGCCUUCGCAAGAGAGAGAGCCCAUUCGCCAUUGACGUCCUCGUUGGCGAGCCCGAGCCCAAAGUCACAUCCAUGUUCCCUGGCUUUUUACAACCCACCACGGGCGGGCGGGCCAGGCGUGGUGCACAGGCGGCUCAGGCGGCUCAUGCUAAGGAGGGCAGCGCCGUGCCUCUCAAGAAGACCCCGACUAUCCCCGCAGCGAUGCCGUCCAACCAUGCCCAGCGACACAAGAUGCCGGGGAAGCCCGUUGCUCGGGGCCCAGGGCCGCUGCCGGAGCGCAUUCGCAUCAACUCUCCCGCGAUUCUCAAACUUCUUGAUAAGAUAUCCGGAAUGAGAGAUGGGGAUGAGUCGGAGUCUGAUAAGUCGGAUUCGGGCAAGGAGGAUGUGGACACACCCGAUCCCGUUCUUAUGAUGCGACCGUUCCGUGCUUUGGUCUACUACAAGGAUGAAAUUCGGAACUGGAAGGAGAGACUAGAGGCCAAUGUCAAGGGGCCAGUCGAAGUGAAGAUAUCAGAGCCAGAGGCAGAAUUAGGCAAGGAAAUAGAGCCAGAAGCCAAUGACCGACCCGAUGUUGCUGGCCAGGAGGGGGAAACGUCCAAAACAAAGAGCGACGACGCAGGCUCAGAACCGGAAGACCAGCCCCUAGAAGAUGAAAAACAAAGUUUCGACCCUAUCCUGAGCACCAAAGAGGCAGUAGACGACAUCACCUGCCUCGUCGAGUUUAUAGACAACGAGCUGGAAGGCAGGAUCGCCUACCUCGAGAGCAACGACUGCCAACGAGUCGCCUUUAGCGAUAUCUGGCUCCUCUUCAAGCCGGGCGAUUUUGUGCUAAGUAAGGACGGGAAGCAGGCGUACCGCGUCAUCAGUGCCGAGCAUUCCAAGCAUAGCAUGAAACUGCCGUCGCCCCGGGACUUUUGGAUGUACGGUGCGAAAGCAAGGCUGGAAGACUUCCCCAUCAAGAUCCAGUGCGUCUACGUCGACUUUGACGGGGAGCAAAUUGGCCCCGUCCUACAGACCUUUUCUUUCUACCGGUUUGAAGGAGAAAAGAACAUCCGGUCGCUCGACAUCAUCCCCCUCCGUCUUGCGAAAAAUGCCAACAAGCUGCAAGAGACGCUCAUCAAGCGUGGCUCAACCUUCAUCGAGGCGUGUGGUACUGGCCGUCACGGAAUCCCCAUGCAUUAUUCUGGACUCACGCUGGACACCAAAGAGGAAGUAGAUAGUCAGGUCGUGCUUGACUUUGAGGAGGCCUUUGCCGUUCACGACGGAAAUAAAAGGAAUACGAAGCGGUCCGGCAUGACGACAGAACAACUCAUUCUAGAGAUCCUGGCCCAGGAGAUGAAGGAUGACAUCAAGAAAAAGGGGCAAGAUCUUAUUGUUCUUCACGACUCGGAAAACUGGAAACCAAUCAUCAAAGACAUCGAUAUCCAAAAUGAUGAGGUUGACGAUGGAAACGCCAGCGACUAUUCCGACUCGGACUCGGACCGGCCUCGCGCAAAGAACCUGAAAUGCAUCCCGGAGUGCUGUGCCAAUGAGAUUGUCUACGAUGAUACUUACGCCGAGCAUCGUCGCAGCAACGAGUUUAUUCAGGACCAGUUCCGGGAACAAGGAACUGGAUCCCUAGCCAUCUCGUCGCGGCCGCUGAAGGAGUCUAUGGAGGACAAAGACUUUAUUAGGGACAGUGAGAGGCUGAUUAUUACGUACCGCGUGUUUGGGUUCAUUAUGCGGAGUAGAAAAUGGGCUCAGCUAGAUCUGACCUAUCUCGGGCCGGCAAAGGGGGAGAAUACGUUUGAUCUUCUGGUACUGCCCCCUGGCCAUAGGAACAUGGUCGAGAGUCUGGUCACGCAACACUACCUGGACAAGGCAUCGGCAUCUGAUGAGACAGACGAGAUGGAUAUUGUUCGCGGAAAAGGCAAAGGCUUGAUUAUUCUUCUUCAUGGGGCUCCAGGGGUAGGAAAGACAACCACCGCAGAAUGCGUCGCCACUUAUUUCCAAAAGCCUCUAUUCCAGAUAACCUGCGGUGACCUAGGAUCAACUGCCGAUGUAGUCGAGCGCCGUCUGGAAACAAACUUUGCACUCGCAAGUCGAUGGGGCUGCAUCCUCUUGAUCGAUGAAGCCGACGUCUUCCUUGAAGCUCGUCAAACCGAAAACUUUGACCGCAACAGUCUCGUUGCAGUCUUCCUCCGCACCCUGGAAUACUAUACUGGCAUCUUGUUUCUCACCACCAACCGCGUCGGCACCUUCGAUGAAGCGUUUACCUCGCGUAUCCAUAUCUCUCUCUACUACCCACCUCUUGACGCAGCCUCGACCCUAGCUGUCUUCCAAGUCAACUUGGACCGUAUCAAGGAGCGCUUCCGCAAGAAGAAACAGCGCGGUGUUGCCGAGCUUGAGCUCGACGAGCGAUCCAUCAACAAGUUCAUCCUCAACUACUAUGCCCGCAACGAGGAGGCGAGGUGGAAUGGCCGGCAGAUCCGCAACGCGUGCCAGACGGCACUUGCGCUCGCCGAGUUCGAGGCGCAAAAGGCGGCAAACCCGGGCAUCGCGGACGGGCGCAGCGUUAUGAAUAUUGCGGCUGCGUCGAGCAAUAUGAUCAAGGUCCAAAUGACGGCCAAACACUUCCGGGACGUGGCAAAGGCGUAUCUGGCUUUUAUGAGGUAUUUGAAGGAGGUGCAUGGGAUGAGCGCUGCGCAGCAAGCGAGGAGUUUUAGGUUGAGGCAUGAUCGGUAUGGGCUGGGGGAACCAUUUGCUGGGUCGGGCCUGUUGGCUUCGAGGCAGAGGGGGAACGCCGGUGGCAGUGGUGGUGGAGAGAGACAGCGGAAGCCAGUGCAGAAGCAGGGCUUGGGGAAGAGGGCGACGCAACCGCCAAGUUUGAGGGUGAAUGAUAGGUAUACGGAGGAGGAUUUUGGGGAGUAUGAGUAUGGUGAGGAGGAUUUAUACGAGGAAGAGCAAGAGGAUGAUGCGAUGCGGAGUGAGGGGGAGGAAGAGGACGAUGCGGAGGAAGAGGAGUAUGAGGACGAGCAAGAGGAGGAUCUCGAAGAUGAGGGGGAUGACGCUGAUUUUGGUGCCCCGGAGGACGAGCAAUCUGCCGAAGAGGACGAGGAUGACUACUGGGAUGAGAGACUUCAAGAAAAUAACGAAUAUCUCUACGAGGCACAACCAAAGGCCAGGCCUCAACCCGUCGGCGGUGGCCGUGGUUCAAAUCUGAGGGGCCGAGGGCAGCAACAGACAAAGUAUAAGAUGACAACAGCAGCUCAUCCGCGUACUGAUGGCAUCAGUCGCGGAAGGGGGGUUGCUACCGCCGCCGGGAGAUCGUCUGGUGUAUCGACGAAGGUACCCAGAGGGAAUCACCCGCCUCUGGGACCGGGACGUGGCAGGGGAAUGGGUGCGGUGGCUCGGGGUCGGAGUCCGAGAUUGGCAACAAGACAUGAGUAA